AAGCAUCCGUGACGCGAUUCCGAGUCCCGAGUGCGCUAUCGAAGCCAGCAGCACACACGUAUAUCGUAUCGCCUGCACCCGCGCACGCUUCGAAUCCAGACGAUCGUCCGUCUUCCAGUGUCCCUCCGAGUGCCGGCCGAGACGCAUCGUGUUGUUCUAUCAAUUCUUAGUGAACGCCGGGUAAUAAAUUAAACAAACGAAGUGUUACGCAGCGGAAAAUCAUCUCGAAUAACCGGGAAUUUUCUCUCCAGGCGACACAAGAGAGGAUUCUAGAAAUUUGACUGCCUGAGUUUAAGACAAAUAACAUAUCGAAGAGAGACAAAGCGGAAGGAUAAAAAAGUAAAAUAAUCAAGAAAUGGCGGAGGUGGCGUCAAAGAAGUCGAUAAAUGUAGUAAGUAGUAAAAAAACGAGUGAAGCGUGCGGUGUUAGUUCUAACAACGGUUUGCUAGACUUAGAAACCUGCAUAACACCCUGCAGUAACAACCAACUAAUCACACUGUCCGAGGAAGAGUUAAUCCUGGCAAACAACGAGUGCGUCAAGACGAACGACAUCAACAUGGACGAUAAGAGCCUGCAGGAGCUUAUAGAGAGCGAACUGGCCCUGAGAAUAUCCUCGACGACAGAAAUGGUGGAAACCGGUGACAACGACGACGACGACGCCGGUUUCGAGGCGACAGAUUACAUCGAAGGUGGUCAACCGGAGAUAACCAAGAUAGUCCUUGAGCCCAGGGCGAGUCCUCGGGACGUAAACUCGGAGUUCAUAAUCGCCGAGAUGAACCACCAACACCUUACCGAGGCCAGACGAGUCAAUGAAAACGGAACGUUUCCGUCAGAGUUUCAGUUCAAGGAGUUGAGCGAAGCCCGGACAAACAAAGAAAUCGCGGGAACGAAUAUCGGCCAAUCGGUAGAAGCCGAAGAAACGACUGUCGCAGACAUAUCCGGACAGUCAAACGCCAACGUGACACAAGACAACCUCUACCAACAGGCCAACGAUGAUCACCAGGAGCUCGACGUCGAGCAGUUGAUGCCGACGAUGGAUGAAACCGACAGAGAAGAACCAGCCGAUUCCCAGAGGACCGAUGAAUGCUGUCGCCUCAAUACGGAGUCCAAGGACUCCUCAUCCAGGACCAACGAGCUACUCGACACUUGGUCGAACCCGGAAUCCUCCGGGGACACGAUGCAGAUUGGUCAGUUCUCGGACAACUUUGACGAAAGUUUGCCGCAGCUUGGAUCGGACGUCGAUUCUUUAGCCUCUCGGGAUCAGAAUGUGACCGUCGAUCUUCUAUCGUGCUAUCCAGGAAACACGACGAUAAUUACGGAUCCUGACUUGAUCGUACCCGUUAAAGAUUCUCAGGCCGAUUUGAUAACGGAUGAAAUUUCGUCGGAGCAAGAGACUCUUCAGGAGGUUGGAAACGAGGUUGAGACACUUGAGGACCCCGAAGAAGCCAUGAGGAAGGCGGUCAAGGCUGCGGCCGAAGAACUGGUUCAAGAGAUAAUAUCUAAGUCGUCGGAUCUGCACGUGGAGAGGUCCGAGUCCUUUGAGAUAUCGAGCACUCGUGACUUCUUGGAGUUUGAGCGAAAGGUCCUGCGGGAAAUGGAAGAGCAGGAAACCCAGGAUCAUGGUCGGAACAUCGGUGAAGACAAACUUUUGGAAGCUGAUCAGACAAUCCCGGCUUUCACCAUCACUGAAGUUGUUCAGGAGGUACCGACGAGGACGAAGGACACUACAGUCGAGGUUAUCCAGGCAACGGAAAAAACUUCUUCUUCAGAUAACGAGUCGCCUCGUCUUUUCACCGAGAGUAAAUACGCUGAGAAUUGCUUCAGCGAGGCUCCUGUUCAUGGUGAACAGGAAUUCGAGUCCUGGACGACGGUUGAACAGGCGACGACUGAAACCCCGAACCCAGAAGAUGGCGCUCAAAUCGGCUCCGAUGGAUCUAACCUCGCUCUCACUAACCUUGCAGACGGUUUGAACGCUCAGGUUGACCUUCAGCAGCUUGCUCCUUUAGCUACUCCUGAUGACGAAAUAAGCGAUGUCUCUAACAAGUGUGAUGUUCAUAUCGAAAGCCGGGAGGAAGUGAUAACGACGAGUUCCGUCGUGACGAGCUCGACCACGUCGGGAAAAAGCACGAAGACAACCAAGACGAAGAAAAAGAAAAUCGAAGGUGUUGCAAACACCGAUGUUUCCACUGGCCUCACGCCGCGAACAAAGAAGACCAAGAAAAGCAAGAAGAGUGAUCCUGAGAAGGAAAAUAUCUCGGUGAACGGUAACAUAGACGGUUCAAACAUGCGUACAAAAAUCAGUUCGACCUACACGGAAAAGGUUGAGCAGCCUGCAGGCGAAGACGAGCUGUCUAAUGUCAACGUUAAGACUUUGACACAAAGCUAUGUCUCAGAGACGAAUAGAACCGAACUGCAGGAGAAGAAUAGCGUUAAGGAAAUCAUCGCCACCGGCGUGUCCAUUAAACAAUUGUGCCGAAGCUUUGGUGACCUGUCGAACAUGAGUGAUGCCGAGGUGGAUACCUUUGCUCAAGAGGAUCACGACAUGCCGGAAAACGAUGAGCGGAGAGCCAUGACUGCGCUGGAAGGCCGACGUUUUUAUCAAACACGUCACAGUGUACCAAAUGGUUCGACGCAUUCCGUCAUUACUUUGGCCAAAGAAAACCUGCUAUCUAACGAUCCAGGCUUUCAAACGAAAGCAAAGUCGAUGGGUGACUUGAGACUGUUUGAUAAGGAGCGAACGGAGCUUGCCAAAGACGCGAUUAUCUUCAACGGCGUAUCAGUCAAAGCACUCAGAGCGUGCUACUGUAGUUUGGCUAAUUUAACAAUCAACAGUGUUCAGAAGAACUCCGCCAAUGGCCACAGGUCACUGACCGUUAAGCUGCAGAAAUCAAGCUUCAACAAAUUCGACGCAUUGAGCAAGAAGCCCGUUCUUCACGUGCGUUCAGUAGACGCUGGAAAAGUUCAGCAACAAUUCAACUCGGUGGGUCAAAAUGGCGAACCGAAUCCGAAUUGCCGCAGUUGCGGUAAAGUCGUGUUUCAAAUGGAACAGACGAAAGCUGAAGGGUUGAUUUGGCACAAGAAUUGCUUCCGAUGCAAUCAAUGCAGCAAACAGCUAAGCGUCGACAACUACCAGAGCCAUGAAGCCACCCUUUACUGCAAGCCACACUUCAAAGAACUAUUUCAGCCAAAACCCGUCGAAGAAUCCGACCAGCCCAUGCGUCCACGCAAGCCAGAGCUGAUAAUUCGAGAGAACCAGCCGAAAGAAUUGCCACCAGACGUGGUCAGAGCUUCUGAUAAGCCAGACUUGGGACUGGAAGAACUUUCAGCCCUCAAUGUCAAGUCUCGCUUCCAAGUCUUCGAAAAGACCGGCGUUGAGACCAACGACAUCGAACGAUCUCCAUCUCAAGUUGCCGUCAAACGUGCUCCAAGUAUUCUCAGCAAACUCGCCAAGUUCCAAGCCAAAGGAAUGGACAUCGGAGUUGCCGAUGAAUCCCUGAACGGCAUCCCUUACGAGGAAUCCAGCGAAAGCGAGGAGGAAGAAGAAGAGACUGACGAAGUCGAUAACGAAAUAAUCAAGGCAAAACGUUCAACCCGAGAACGUCCGAUGAGCUUUUCAAAAAUGGACGACAUGAAAAAUCGGUGGGAAUCGACCAGCCAACAAGGACGAAGGGAGUCUCAAAGGGAAGCUCGUAAGGAAGAAAUUGCCGGGAUUCGUUCUCGCCUAUUUAUGGGAAAACAAGGCAAAAUGAAGGAGCUUUACCAACAAGCGGUUGCGGAAAGUGAACGCGUGACUAAAAUCAACGCCGCUGAAGAGAUUCAGGAAAUUCAACAAUCUGCCCACGCACGUUCAAUCAAGGAGCGUUUCGAACGCGGCGAGCCAAUUGCUGCUAACGACGAUGAGAACUCCGAGGAAAAGUUUAAACACCAAGAUCGUGCCGAGGAGGACGUCAUCGCCGCUGGUAUCAGCAAGAAAUCUCGCAGUCUCUUUUUGGAGCUUGAUGCAACGGCAGCGAAAACGGCGAGACCAGUGACGCCAAAAGCAUCAAACGAAACAACUCGACGCGUUCGAGACGCUUUCAUGGGGCGUCAAGUGUCCGACGACGUCGUUCGCAGUACCGACACAGCCGAGGAAGUGCGUGCCGAGACAUCGGAUAUUUCGAACAAGUUCAAGUUCUUCGAGGCUUAUAAAGCGCCCGAGAAACAGCGGAGGCAGUUCCGAAUUACGCCGCCACGUGACGGACAAGUCAAGAUGGAGUCUCCAGAACGUGAAAUCUACCGUGACCCGGAAGUUAUUCGAGCCGACGACAGAGUCAACGAAGUUGUCCACACCGACACGGCGAGGAAGAUGUUGUCGAUAUUCAGACAGAUGGAGGAAAAGGCUUCUAAGGAAGAUCUGCCUGACGGACCAAAGCCCUUGAAGCGUUUCACACCGCCGCCUGAGGACAAAUUCGCAAAACCAACGGCGUCCGAGUCCGAGGAGGAGGAAGACGAGGAGGGCGAAGAAUCCGAGGGUGCCGAAAGCGGCGAGGAUCGCGACCCUAACUAUGUUCGAGCUUCGGACAAGGUAGAGGACGAGUUCUUGAAACAAGCUCAGAACGCAGCGCGCGCAAAAACGCUGCGCGCGAAAUUUGAACAGUGGGAAACGACCGAUGAAAAGGUAACCAACCAUCACGUAGCUGAGAUGGAAAUUGCUCAGGGAGCCGGCGAUCAGUCAAGCAUAGAAUCCGCCAGCAGUCUUAGAGCCCGAUUUGAAUCCCUUGGUUCGCAAACCCCAGAAGUACCGCGUACGGCGAAGGUCAAGGUCAACAGAUUUGUGGAAAUUCAAACGACAUGUGCAGAAGUGUGCGAAAGCUGUGAGAAGAAGGUUUACCCUUUGGAAAAGGUUGAGACCAACAAUAAAAUAUUCCACAAGCAGUGUUUUCGGUGUCUGCAGUGUAAUUGCAUUCUUAGAAUGGACACGUUCACAUUGAACAACGGAAAAUUGUAUUGCAUACCGCAUUUUAAACAACUUUUUAUAACAAGGGGAAAUUACGAUGAGGGUUUUGGAAUAAAUCCCCACAAAAAUAAAUGGGCCUCUUCCAGCGCUGGAUCUCCAGCAAUGCCACUGACCACGAGCACAGCAACACCAAUCGCUGUAUCAAACGGUGACCUUUGAUUAGUUAAUAUGUAUAUAUAUAUAUAGACAUAUAUAUACGAGUAUUAACAGCAACUGCAACUGUUAGUUUAGACAUCAGCUAUGGUAGAUGUCUCACGUAAAUUAAAUCGAUUAAAUUAUUCCUCUCGUAAAUUCAGCAUCAUUCCAUUUCUGAUGUCCACAAUGAGUUUCGUCCAAAUUGUGUUACACGCAUUAAUUCGCCUUGAACUAAUUUGUACAUGGAUAAUAAUUUUGUAACACAUUGACGAAAAUCGUGAAGUAUAAGGCGAUUAGCUCAACAGUGUCGAACCGUAUUUGCUUCGGCGCCAUUAUAUAAGACGGUUAUUAGAUAAAUUGUCAAUAUACCUUGAUUCUUGCCAUUUAGGCGGUGGAAAUUAAAAUGAUACGUAUGUACAUUACUCAAAAUCAAUUGUUUAUAUUAUACGAAUUCUCAAAUUUGUUCUCUCUCUCUCCCUCUCUCUCUCUCUCUCUCUUGCUGGUUCUUAUUCUAUUCCUGAGAUAUAAACGUAUGAUUUCAAUGAGACUAAGAAAAUACAUAAAGAUUUAAAAAAACGUUUUAUAUUAGGUGAAUGAAUAGGACACCUGCAUAGACAUGUAUUUAACUUUUUAACACUGUUACAUCGUUUCAAUUGAAAUUCC